AUGGCACACAAGCAAGAGUCAGUACCAUCCCUUCCGGGGGAUAUGGUACCAACCUUUGCGCCCGACACACUACUGCUUAUGCUAUUAACAGACCUGGAUCAAAACUUGAGGUACAAAAUUUUGAAUAAAAUGCAUCAAGAGAUCGAGGGAAAUUACCAAGAAUUGACGUGGAAGAUACGCGAUAUGGACGAGACAGAAGACGUGGCCAAGAAAGACGAUGUGGAAGAGACUCGGAUGGACGACGAAGGUGACCAGGGCGAGAACAACCAGGAUAAGACGAAUGAUGGGGAAAAUAAGAACAGGGUAGACGAUGACUAG